AAAAUCUAUAUAUAUUGAUGAGCAGUUUAUCAAGCACACAACCGACAUUCUGACCACAGUAUCUGCAUCAUGCCACAAUACCACUGCACAGCCCUCCCCCAUGACGAGAUCAGCGUCCGACAAUGGGCGCCCAAAUUCGUCGAAUUCCGGCUCAACGCCCUUCGAGAAAGCCCGGACAGCGCCUCGUCCUCCUACAAAGUCGAAUCCUGCAUCACAUUCGAAGAAUGGAUUGCAAUGCUCUGCGAACCCGCAUUUCGCGUCAUCAUCGCCGUCGCCGAGAAUGAUAGUAUCGAUAUCGACACCCUCCCCGUCUGGGAACACGAUUGGGUCUGCAUUAUCAGCCUGUACGGCCCUCGCUGUCUCCACCAGCCCCAACACCAGAACCACGACGACUGCAUGGAAUCCUGCUGGUACGUGGGGGGUGCAUUUGUCGCCCCUCAUCACCGGGGCCAGAAUAUCCUGCGCGACGCCUGUUUCCGGUGCGAGCAAGAAGCGGUCAGAAUCGACAAAUCCCUGCUGCAGCGACGGUCGGGUCGAUUUCGAACGCGCUUGUUGGCGUCGACCUUGUCCAUGAAUCGCGCGGUCUGGGAGCAUUACUGUCGUAUUUUCAAUGCGGAGAUGGUGCAGAUUAUCACGGUGGGGGAGCGUGCAGCAUGGGGGAUGAAUAUUCUGGUCUGUCCGGACAAGUUGGACAGGGAGAUUAUGGCCUUUCAGAAGAUUGUGGUGUGGGAGGCGGAUGGCAUGGCUGUGUCUGCUCUCUAGUAUUUAAUUAUCGAGUUAGCUGCAUA